CUCGAAUUUCGAGACUACAUCACCAUUACCCAGCUCGCUCGGACGUGGGCUGAUGCUUACGAUCAGAAGGACCCCUCGUGCCUGCGCGCAAUCCUAGCUCCAACAGUACACAUCGACUACGGACGCGUGUCGGCCACGAUCCCAACCCGCAUCGCUGACUCCGAGAGCUUCAUUGCGGAGAUCCUCUCUCCGGAGCACCUGGGCCGGGAGACUCUACUCACCCAGCAUUUUCUCGGCCAGCCGUACGUCAAGUCCGUCUCUGCAGAGGAGAUUGUGGUCGAGUGGCAGCAGAACGCGGGACAUGGGAGGUGGGAUGAAGACGCGGCCAACUCAAGAGGCGAGUCGACCGCACGAUCAUAUAUCGAGCAGCGGUAUGUCAAGGGGGAGGGGCCGUGGAAGUUGGCGGGGUUGAAGCCAUCGUAA